AUGAAUAUCAGCCUUCGCUCCAGCCAGUCCUCCUAUGGUGACCCUCGCUAUCUAUCCACCGCCACCAUCUCCGAUGCAAAUGCUCCCAUCGGGAAAUCCCUCGUCGACGGUUACCGUGAUGCCGUCCACCCACAACAUGACGACCGAUCGCGGUACAACCCGGUAAGGGGAACCUCAUACUCAGGACUGGGCUCCCAACAGCAGCCCAGAAACCUCUCUCCAAAGCUAACAGAAGACUUCCGAUCAAACAGCUCAAUGCCGCUCAUCCGCGUAGCUCAGUCCUCGUCAACACCAACGACCCCAUCACGAUGUACCUAUUGA